AGUUGGCAGCAGUUGCCUCACGAGCGACGUCACUCAAUAACACAACCAGCUGUUGUCCAGAGCGCCGCCAGGCCUGGGCUGAGGUGGCAAGCUCCACGACUGUGCACUCUUGCAUAUUACUGAACACUACUGUAUGCAGUACAGUAGUUCAGCAAUGCUUUGCAAGGUGUUCCCAUGCCAGUAAAUAUGGUGGAAUUAGAAGAGACUUGGACUGAGAAGAGUUUUUAUGAUAAACCAUUAACAAUUUGGCUUGGAGAGGAAAGGUGUGAUGAGAAAGAUUCUCUUCUACUAGAUAUCUUCACAGCUGCUAGUAUUGGCUGCUGUCAGCGUGUGAAGGAUAUUCUCAAAGAAGAUAAGAAUGCAAGUAGUCUUAAAAACCAUGGUGGGUGGACAGGACUCAUGUAUGCAGCUUACUAUGCACAUUCUGAUGUGAUAAAUGUGCUCCUUGAAGCUAAUGCAUCAGUACACCUUCGUAAUGGCAAUGGCUGCAAUGCUCUGAUGAUGGCAGUUAUGUGCGGGAAUGAUUAUGGUGUGGAGAUUCUCAUCAAGGCAGGAAGCAUCCUUGAAACCCGUGAUAACCGUGACUGGACCGCACUUUUCCAUGCUGUUAAUUCUGGUCAUCACACUGUUAUUGAAACAUUGCUCAAGCACAGAGCUAAUCUUAAUUCUUGUGAGCGGACAAGAGGUAUGACACCCCUUAUGUAUGCUGCACAACUUGGUGAUGCAACCAUUGUGUCAUUAUUGCUGCGAGGCGGAGCAGUCGUUUCCCUUACCAAUCAUCAGGGACACACAGCAGGGAGAAUUGCUCAAGAUGCUGGGUUUCCUGAUAUUGCUGCUAAUAUUGCUCAGUGGGAUCUUCCAGGUCUAAGUGGCCCAAGCAUACUUGAUGGUCCAGCAGCAGUGGAAGUAAGAAGAACACACCAACAACCUCAAACACCGAGGGGCAGAGGAAGUGUAGUUCCCUGUGUUGAUAACGCCAGUAUUCAACCAACGGAUCUCGAGACCUUGCUGGAUCAAAUUGGACUGAGCUCGUACAUGAGUAUCUUCCGGGAACAGGAUGUGGAUCUCCAAAUCUUCCUCACAUUGACAGACCAAGACCUUAAAGAAUGUGGCAUCCAAAAGCUUGGGCCACGUCGAAAGAUGACCUCUGCAAUUGCUCGCUGGCAUAGUAAUGCUCCUUUAAGGAGUACAGCUGAGUGUGCCUAUGCUGAUAAACUAGAAGUAGAAAUGCAAGAGUUGGGUGUGAAACUUACACAAGCUUUGCACUCUCUCCACCAAACAAAAACUCAGGUUAACCAAGAAAAUGAUUUACGUGUUGUGACGGAGGGUUGGGUAGUGGAGGCUCGUGGACGCUUGCAUGAAUGCCACCAGCGGUGUCAAAUGCUCAUAGAACAAGUGGCUGCAGUUCGUCGUUGCACCUCUGUCCUCUGUGCUCAGGCUUCCCUUGGUAAAUUACCUCUCAUCCAACCUACUCUGAUCUCUACAAUUGUUGAUACACUGACAAUGAUUGCAGCCCAAGCUGACACCUUGAUGGCAUUAACAGACCCCAGUGUUCCUCGUGGUCCAAGUAACCCUUCUUCACCUCGUAAGCAAGGAUACAGAAGCUAUCCCAGUACACCACGAUGAUGAUAAGAAGUCUCUAUUUAUUUUCCUAUAUUUUUAGUAUAUUGUCUAUUCAUAAAGCAGUAAUUGAGAUCAGAAAUUUGCAAUACUGUACUUGCUUUCAUAAUACAUUAUGGUGUUUCUUGUUAUAUUGAGACCUUGUUGCUUGUAACAAUUUCACUGUUUAAGGCAGAGGAGAGUCUGUAAAUAGUAAUUUCCUCAAGAAAGGGUAAUGCUCAGGAUGAAAAAAAAGUAUGGAUGAUAUAAAUAUGUACAGUAAUUCUUUCAUUUUCUUGUAAGAUUUUUGAAUGAAAAAAUACUAUGACAAUCAUACAAUAGCUCAAAAUGGAGUUCAAAAGCUCAAAACUCAAAACUCAGAGCUCAAAACUAAUGUGCCAUAUACAGUACAGGAAUAUUUUUUUAAAAAUUGUUUUAUAAUGUUCUUUUAAAUAAUUUUAUGAUAUAUUCAAAGCAAUUAUUCUUGGCUGGCCCUCAGUAGCUCUGUGGUACUGUACAUUGGCUUUGGUAUCACAGGGACAUCCACAAAAUAACCAGGUCUGAAAGUAUGCUGGCCUACUGAAUACCAGAGGAUCUGAGAUUGGCCCAAAACCGAGCUAAACUGCCCAGAAAGUUCAGGCAAUGAGAGAUAUGAAAACAAGGGAAGCAGUAGUGUGCCCAAUGGCAACACCAUGUUUAAGUACCCAAGUGCACCACCAAAUGGAAGUUCAGGUCACCCAGGGGUCCAGCCUGCCUGCCUUGUCACUCUUGUUCCUGGUACCAAGAACAUUACCAUACCUCCUCCGUGACACACACUGUUUUUUUUAGCUAAGUGGGGGGUUUAGCAUUUCUUGGGACUUUGAUGUUCUGUGCGGGGGAUGAACCAUGCUGAAUGUUUAUUUUUUCAAAUCACUUCAUGAUUGUGUUUAUGUUCCCUUUCUUGCAAGUCCUUAACAGAUUAGUUCUCCUAAACUUUGUUUCAGGGUUAUCUUCCCUGGCAUUAACUGAUGAGAAAAAGAGAAAUAUAUGUAAUCUUUUUUUUCUUAGGGGUUUGAAUAGCCUCUCUUUCUCGGACUUCUCUUGAGUUGCUCUUUUGUCUGGGUAGUGCUAGGGACUUUGGCCUCAAGCCAGACCUGUUGAUGGGAGUUGAUUAAGUUCACUAUCAUCAGAGUUGUCUGGUACCCAGGAAUUUGGUAUUUUCCCAAUUGGCUCAAUUUGGGUUUAUCAUAAACUUGAAAAGUUACAGUUGAUAGGGUUGAAAUUGGUCAAGGUCUUCAGGGCAAUUUCUUUCUUCUAUGUAGUCAGCCUUGCUGCAACUUUGGGACCAUCUUUGGCUAGUGUUAAGAGGCCCUCAUAUCAAGUGCCUUCUUGGACACCUGAAUGUUUCCUAUAUGGUCUUCCAGUUGGUUCAAAUUUGGCUGAAAGCAUUGUACCUGCCUUCUGCUUGAGGAAAAGUUUUGCCUCCACUAGGACAGCAUGGUGUGUCCUUGUGUCUUAUGCAAGAUAUCAAUUCAAGAUUUUCUUCACUAGAUUUUUUGGCGUUUGGUAUGUGGCACCCUCUUCUUAGUCACUAACAUUCCUCACAACACCAGUCAGAGGUUGGGAUCCAUUUGCCUGUGGUAGUUUGCACAUAUAAUGGCAGGAGAGUUUGCAGCAGUUUAGACGGCACUACGGUUCACUCCUCUUGAGGUGCCAUUGAGAGUAUGUACUGGGCAUCUACUUAGGGCUAGCCCAGAAAUCUGGUGAUGAAUGUAAUGCAAUACCAAUUUCUGAGCCGUCUCAGUAGCUCCCUGUACCCACUCUUCUUUAUCCUUCUUCCACUUGGGGAUCAGGUGCAUCUUGGGGAUGACAUACAAGUUAGGAGGCAGGCAGGUUGGACCUCUGGAUUACCUGAGCCACCAUCUUUUCUCUCUUUAAUCAAAAUAUAUAUAAUUUCUUUUGUUUUACCUGUACUUUCUAGGUGAUAUUACUUGGUUUUGGGUUGGUCUCUGAUUCCUGUGAUCCUCUCGAAUCUAUGAACACAUCAGAUUCUGGUCCUGAUAUUCAGUUGACCUGUGCAAGUCCAAAGGCUUGGUAGUUUUGUAUUUGUUUCUGUAGUUCUAUAGCCAAUGCACAGGGAAGCUGUGAAGCCACCCAGAAAAAAAAGAGCAUUCCAUUACAUUCAUUGCUGAUUUAUUUUUUAAUUAAUUUCAAUUACUUUUUACUGUACUGUACAAUAUAUCUUAUUAUCCUUUACCACAUGCUGACAACAAUGAUAGGAGAAGUUAUGUACAGUAGAUCACUUUCCAAUGUUGGUUCUUUGUGAAAUCACAUUCUUCAUGUACAGUACUUUCAAUGUCACUUGCUGACUUUCACUUUCAAUCUCUUCCUUCAAUAUAUUUUCACUAGUACCUAGCCAAUUUAGUGGCACUAAUAUAAAAAGAACAAUUAAAAUUUCAGUGGUGGCAUUCCUCCUGUUUGAUUCAUUGCCUCCUACCACUUCUCUCAACUUUGUUAGGCUACUUGUAUGAGUGAGAAGUUUGCUUUUUCUCACCUCUCCUAUGUCAUCCAACUUUCAGACAAGUUUCUUGUGUAGGACUUUAUUGAGUGCCAUAUUUAGGCCCAGAUAGAUGUAGUCUGGCAAAUUAUGUUUUUUUCUUUAAGAUCUCUGUGGUCCUGUUGCCUAUUAUGUCAGUUCUUUUGGAUAUUCUUAACAUUUAACUUGUAAUACUUUCUAGCAAUUUGACUACCACACUGGUCAAUAAUACUGGUCUGUAGUUUAAUGGGUCUUCUGUCACUUUUCAUAAAUUGAGACCAUGUUAUCUUUUUUUUAAAUGUCUGCAAGGUAGACUGCUAUGCUCAUGGGUGCAGAUUCAGGCACCAAGUUGGAACACCAUUUGGUUCAACUGCUGUGUGUUUAAACUGAUUAAAUUGCUUAGAAUACUACUUAACCCUUUAACUGAUGAUAGUAAGAAUGUGUGUAUUGGUUCCUGUAUGUUCAUGUAUUAUUUUUGUGUGCAAAUUGCACAUAUUUGUAUGAGAGUAUUUGUGUUGUGAGUGUGAUCAUUUAGUAAUAAUUGCCUAUUCAUGGUUUACAUGAUAAAUCUGACGCUCAUGGUGUUCUGUCUUCCUUGAUAAAUUUUUCACAUUUAACCUAAGGCUUUCCAUGUGUUUGCAGUUUUGUAAUGUGGGUGUGAAUUGGUAUUUUGUAUCAAGAUUAAUAAUGCAAUUCAUUCAAAAGUUUACACAUGUAAUUUUUAGUUUGUUGUUUGUGUAUGUAUUACAAGUCUAGGUAAACGUGUGCUAUCAAUAUCGCAGACUUCAUAUGCCUUAAAUAUGCAUAAGUAAAUAUUGAGGCAGUACAGUGGAAUUUAACCUAUGUUUGUGAACUUGUGAGACAGAUACAAACAAUUACCUUUGGUAAUUAAUUACCUUAAGUAAUUAAUUACCUUAAGGUAAUUAAUUACUUAAGGUAAUUAAUUACUAUCCUCUUACUGAAUACACUUAGUUUUUUAUGCAUUUGACCCCGGCAUAAAAAUGCAGUGGUUUAGGGAACUUAAAAACACUCCAAUAGUGACAUUUCAUGGGGCUAAUGAUUAUCAGCUAUGGUAGAUUAGGUGGAUAGCCUAGGUUCUGACAGUUUUUGUUAGGCUAACUCACUGCAUUUUUUACAAAGGGGAAAUUGAAAGAACAAGAUCUGCACACACACACACUGCCACAUUUUAUUUUAUCGCCAUUAAUCAGAAUUAUGCAUUCUAUAUUUUUUUGUUUAAUGUCAGAUUAGACUUGUCAGUAAUACAGUACAAACUUAAGAUUAUAUAUGUCCUACAAAUUCAAGAAUGUUUACAAUUCUAUUAAUUUAUUAAUAGAUAGUUAAUUUCCUAGUGCAGUAUACUGUAUAUAUAUAUAUGUAUAGAUAUAUGGUAAUAGUUUUUAUACUUUACUAGCCAAUAAAAUUGUAAUACAUGCAAUUGUUACAUAUAUAGAAUACAAUAUUUGUAAGUACUGUACAGUAUAAUAGAAUAAAAUCAGAAAUAUA